AUGCGAAUCUUCAGCGAGAACGAUCACAGCUGGAACAACAAGCUCGAGAGCUUAUACCAGCCGAGAAUAAACAAUUUCAAGAGUUUUUGCAAGCUCAGAAGCAGCAGCAGCAGCAGUCGACUCGGUACCAACACCAAUCCCAACAAGAGCCAUCCCAGAAUCAGCAACCGGCUCAGCAGCAACCUCCGCCGGAACAGCCUUCUCGGCAGGACCCUCUUCAACAGCAACCACCUCCAGCUCUUCCUCUACAGCUCUUCCUCUACAGCAGCAGCCAACACAUCAACAACCGACUGUGCCGCAAGCUUCUCAAUACGCGUCUGUUCGGCAUCAACAGCCAACGCACCAACAACCAGUUGUGCCGAAGCCUUCUCGAGCGGCAACCAAAACACCAACAACCGGCUGUGCAACAAUCUCUUCAGCAGGCACCUCCUCAGCAGGCGCAGCAGAAACCGUCCGUCCCCCCCCGCCCCAACACCUCCCAAGCAACCGCAUUAUCCAAUGCCAGCUGAGGAACCCCAGCCGAAGGGCUUCAUCCAGCAGGUACCUCAGCAGCUGCCACAUCUAUACCAAAAGCAGGACCAAAGUGCAUACGUUGCGCGCUGGGAAUCGCAUUCCACCUGGUCGAACCCGAACGAGGCAGAAGUCACCUGCCAGGACUCGAAAUCAUGCCGAGGGUUCAAGGGUGGAUCCAAGAUGUUUAUGGAGGAAGAAGAGCCAAGCGCUUCACAUCGGUACAUGGCAAAGAAGAAGGGUGUGUCGGUCUAG